CAAAAAGUAAACAUCACACGACCGUCUGAGUGUUGUCGGAAGUUCUACUAUUCCCUACCCUAAUUAAUCAUUAUUUGCUACCUAAUUGCUUAUCAUUGUGCAAUAUUUUGUAUCUUAUCAAAUCUACAGUCUUUUACUUUAUGGAAAUUUAUUGAGGUGACACAGUGAAGUCGAACAAUGAUGUUAAGAAAAUUGCGAUACUCAACAAGCUCUGCGAAACAUUAUGAUGUAAUCAUCACUGGUGGUGGAUUAAUUGGCUCAUCAAUGGCAUGUGCAAUAUCAAAAAAUCCUGUUCUCUCAAGUUGCUCCAUUCUCCUCCUGGAGAAUAAUCCGAAAAAGAAGUGGUCACUUCCUCCUAAUUUUAGCAAUCGUACAAUCUCUAUCAAUAAACGCACGCAAAGCUUCUUAAACUCAAUUGGAGCAUGGGAUACUAUUGAGAAUAGCCGACAGAAGAAUGUCAAAGGCAUGAAGGUUUGGAGUGAUAGCCCUGACAUAGCAGUUUCAUUCAGAGCAGAAGAGAAUAGUUCCAACGUCAUUUCUCACAUCGUGGAGAACGAUCUAGUCAUUAAUACUGUCACGGAGCUGAUUGAAAAAGAACCAAACAUCACAAUAGUUGAUUCUGCCAAAGUCAAAGAGUACAGCCUUCCAAAAGGAGAGGAGCCUGUGUCUGUGUUCCUUGAAAAUGGAACAGAAUAUAAAUGUAACUUACUGAUAGGAGCUGACGGUGCUAAUUCCCAAGUUCGCAAAACAAUUGGAUGUCAGUAUUUAUCCUGGAGUUAUGAUCAGAUGGCAAUUGUUGGUACCGUGGAGAUUGAAGAUUCCGUUGGCACAAAUGACUAUGCUUGGCAAAGAUUCAUUCCAACUGGUCCCGUUGCUCUCUUGCCGUUAUCAGAUAAUUUGAGUUCCCUAGUAUGGUCAACAACCAUUGAAAAAGCUAAAAGUUUACUUAAACUGCCAGAAGAUUCCUUUGUUGAUGCCCUGAACACUGCAUUCACCGAAAAAUUUAAAGGCAGCUCUCCAAUUGACUACAGUUCGGAUCUCAUGAAAAAAGCCCUGGAUUUUCUACAGUUCACUCCAUCAGGAGAUAGCAUCGUUUCACCUCCAUUCGUGAAAAACGUUCUUCAAGGAAGCAGAGCAGCUUUUCCCCUAUCUUUCGGUCACUCAGAAAAUUAUGUAGGAAACCAAACAGCCCUCGUCGGAGACUCAGCACAUAAAGUUCACCCUCUUGCUGGUCAAGGAGUGAAUUUAGGCUUCGGGGAUAUUAUUUGCCUCAUCAGUAAACUCGAAGAAGCUCUAUCCAGAGGUGAAAAGCUAGGUUGCAAAAAUGCUCUGUUGGCAUACGAGACAGAACGGCAACGAGCAAAUGUGCCGAUCAUGCUGGGCAUAGAUCUGGUUUAUCGAAUAUAUGGCUCCCAAAAUCCAGCUUUGCAAGUGCUCACUAAUCUGAGUUGGCAAGUUGCCAAUAACGUAAGCCCUAUUAAGAAAUUUCUCAUGCAACAAGCAUCGUGAAGAAACUUCAUCUGAUACCUGAUACAAUGAAUUACUAUCGGAAAUCGGUCAAUGUCCAAAUGAACUCAGGAAGUUUUGUUUCAAAAGCAUCCCAAUCAGUUUUAUUCUAGUCAGAUGAGUGGUUUUGUGUUUGCUUUUCGAGGCUUGAGUUGUGAAACACCAGCUACCCCAAUAGCUCAGACUGUUAAGUUAGGACGUAGAAAAACUAUCAAAAUAUUCCAAUUAAGUAGGGGAACUUUUUGAGAUUCCCCUGAAAACUCUAUAUAAACUUUUGCAAAAGAAACUUAAGAGAGAAUAAGUAAGCAGAAAAAUGUAUGCUUAAAUGCAAGUGCAAGUGCUAAUGCAAAAUGGACUGUAUGAUGCAAUGCGUCUUUGCAACAUACAUAAACUUUUGUCCAUAUUUACAAAAAUCAAAAGAUAAAAAAAACCAGUAUUACAUGUGCAAGGUGGCAAUUUUAUGUAAAAGGAAAAAAAUGUGAAGGGUAUCUUAAUUCAAAUACCCGAACGGUCACUGCGUUUUUUUCCUCUUUAAAAUUUAGGUUGGUUUGUUUUUUCUAUUUUAACGGUCAAUUCUAUCCGGGAAAAUUUUUGUCUCCAAAGCCAAUCACAUGUCUUUUGAUCCCAAAAACUUGAUCAAUAUUAUUUUAUUUUGACUGUAUGUUCAGUAAUGUAAUGACUUUAAAGCUUGAAGGUGAGAUGCCUUUUCUUCUUCCUUCUUUUUUUUUUUUUUUUGCUGUGUAUGCAGUUGAGUUGGGUUCCUGAAGAAGGGCUCAAAAUAGUUUAGGUGUGCUUGUUUCCUCCAACAGCGACUGUCUGAGAAACAGUUGUGUAGCUGAGACCAUUGCUACCUGCUUCUCCAUGUAUUAAGAGAGAUCGGAGAAACAAACUUGCUCAUGUUUCAUGGGCCCUUCUUCCAGAAUCCUCCUCAAUUCCCCCAUUAAACUGCAUAAUAAAGGCAUGAUUUUAGCGUUCUGUCUAACUGCUGCACAAUGAAGAUUUUCCCCUGCAAGAAAUUAUUUUUUGAUUGGACAACGGAAGAAUAAGUAAAAUAAGAACACAGUUGUGAAGAAAUGGAUCAAACAGGAGGAAGGCAACAUGUUGUAAAGUGCUUCCUAUCAUGUCUCUGUGUCCCUCCUUUUACGUUAUGGUUGACAAAUUGUCAGUCCAACCAUGGGUUCUCUCAAUCCAAGUUUAUGGGUGGAGAAAGUACUAAACCAUGUAUCUUGGUUUGCAAAGUUGCAAAUCUCCUGUCACUUUUAAUUCUUUAAAGGUCUGAUCAUCAUUUUUACGAAAGAUUCACUCUGACUUUCCUUCGUUCUUUCAACAGUAUUCUCUGAAUAUUGUGCAGGAAAAUGUCGAGCAGCAUUCCCUUGGAAAAAUAAAAUCUAAGUGGAAGUUUUCAAAAAACCUAUUUGAGUCACGAAGAUAUACAAUUGAAUUAUCAAUAUUCCAUUUAAUGUUGAUCAUGGUAGUUGAAAAAGAGGAAAAAAUUAAUGGCAGUUAGCAAAAAAGAAUAAGAGUGAACUCCAGCCAUUACAAAUGUUUAUUUCUUAGUGAACAGAUCGAAUUCCCGUCUUGUACUCAGCUUGUUUCUACAAAAGUAUUAAUUUUUACAGGUAGGCUAGAAACCUGAAUAAAAUUUUUGUUUGUACCUAUGAA